AUGAUAGCAACAAGCAACAGGAAGAGGCGUGGCGCCAAGACGAACCAACCCCAACAACCGCUAGCACAAUUGAGCCCAGAUAAAGUGUCUAACCGGGCAGGGUCAAGGUUCUCUGCCCUUGACGACUUGAAUGACGAACUUCGCGAGGAGCCGAGGGUGCUAGAGGUUGCUAGAAAGAGAGUGGAAGAGGAAUUGGAUGGAGAUGCGGACUUGGGCGGGGAUGAUAAGGAGGUCCAGGAGCAGCAAAGAUUGGGCCAAAAAGGAGCGACCGCGACCCACAAAAAUACAUUGUAUGUACCGAAUCAGGGUGGCAGCGGGAGCUCCCAGAGCAAACCGAUUGUACCCAAGACACCCGCGGAUGGACCGAAACACGUUGAAGGCGUCAGCAAGCAAUCACCCACCCCAAAGCAGAAAGGACACAAGCAAGGGGAUGACGUGGAGAAGGGGGCUCCAACUAGCAAGGAUGCCACCAUCCCUAACUAUGGGAAACCACUAGCUCGAAGCUUGGACCUUAAUGCUGAUGUGAAUUUGCACAAGAGAGCACAGGCUUCGGGAGAAAAAGAAACCAUGUCAACUCGUGGGGAUAACACCAAGAGUGGGAUGGACGUGUCCUCAACCUGA